GUGAGGAAAAAAAAAGUGAAAAAAAAAAAAAAAAACAAAAACAAAAGUUUGUUCUCUCUCUCUCUCCAUUGAUUUCUACACACAGCCAUCUCCGAACCUCCAACACACCUCUCUCUCUCUCCCUUUGUUUGCCUUUCAUCGGAUCUGACUUCUUCCCGAAAACCCACAAUCUGAUUUCUUCGAAUCCUUCAAAAACACGCUUUAAUCUCCCCACCAACACACAAAGUUUCCAUCUUUGACUUGACAAAUUGUUAUUAAUUCCCCCCCAAAAAGUCCGCCGUUUCUGUUUGAUCGAAUCACCGGCGGAGGAAUUUUCCGAUGGGAAUGCCUUCGCUGGCGUCUUCUUCAACACCAUGAGCAACCGCCAAGAGGAAGAGGAUGAAGAGGAGGAGCCCUUGUUCCACGACUCUCUUGAUCGCUUACUCUCUUCCUCUUCUUGCUCUCCUUCCAACUCCGAUUACGAUUACGAUUACGACUCCGAAUCCUCCCCUCCGAUCUCCUCCCAUACUGACCCCCGCCACCCAUUCCCCGUCCCUCGCUUUCCAAUGACCGCUGCUUCAAGCCUCGACCUUUGGAUCUCCGAGCCCGCUUCCGUCUCCGAGAGGCGUUCUAACCUCCUCACCGAAAUGGGCCUCUCCCGCGAACCGGUUCGCUCCCGGUUAAAACCCGGUUCCAAAGAAGCCUCCUCCUCUGACAUUUCUCGAUCCAUCUCGUGUAAUCACCUGGUUCCCCGAGAUCACCACGGAGACUGCUCGGAAACUGUCGGCGGCUCCUCCUCCGUCGCGAGAUCGAAGUCGGAUAAUUCCAUUAGCCAAUGUAGUAGUCGUUAUCCUCCGGGUAAUAAUAAUUCAUGUUCUUGUUUAGACAACGCUAAGCUUUCACAUUCAGAGAUGAGUUUAACAACAAGUUGCUCCAAUGUGGGAACUAAUCUAACUCAUCCUCCCUUGCGGUUACAAGGAAGUAGUGAAACUGAGGAAGUUGAAGUGGAAGUGUGUUGUACUAUUAAGAAUCUAGACAACGGGAAACAGUUUGUGGUGAACGAGGUUCAACAAGACGGUGGUAGUACAUGGAAACAGGUGAAAGAAGUGGGGACCGACACGCAGAUGACAAUGGAGGAGUUCGACAUCUCUGUGGGACACUCUCCCAUUGUUCAGGAGCUUAUGAGAAGACAGAACGUGGAGGAUUCUCAUAACAACAACAACAACAACUGCGCAUCAAAUCAAACCAAGGAUGAUGAAGAAGAGAGUAAGGAUGAUAAUAAUAAUAAUACAUCAAAGUCCUCCAAGAAGAAAGGAAGCUGGUUCAAGAGCAUAAAGAGUGUUGUGACUGGUGGUGGUCACAGCAAAGAGAGGCGAAGCAGCGACGAUAAAGACACGUCGUCAGAGCGAGGUGGUCGGAGGUCGAGCUCAGCUACGGAUGAUUCUCAGGAAUCUUCUUUCCACGGGCCGGAGAGAGUCAGGGUUAGGCAGUAUGGGAAAUCGUCCAAGGAGCUCACGGCGAUGUACAAGACGCAGGAGAUUCAAGCGCAUAACGGAUCUGUCUGGAGCAUUAAGUUUAGUUUGGACGGUAAGUAUCUCGCCAGCGCUGGUGAGGAUUGCAUCAUUCAUGUUUGGCAAGUGGUUGAGGCUGAGAAGAGAGGAGAGUUGUUGCUGGAUAGACCGGAGCUGUUGCUUUUGGCUAGUAGUAAUGGAUCUCCUGAACCAACUACUAUGUUGUCACCGAGGAGAAGAGGGGGGAGGAGUUCCGUGAGUAGAAAGUCGUUGAGCUUAGAGAACAUAUAUGUUCCGGAUUCUGUUUUUGGUCUCUCGGACAAACCGUUUUGUUCCUUUCAUGGACAUCUGGAUGAUGUGCUUGACCUUGCUUGGUCCAAGUCUCAGGAUUUGCUGUCUGCAUCAAUGGAUAAAACAGUUCGUUUGUGGAGCUUGUCUAGUCAGACUUGCUUGAAAGUGUUCUCGCACAGUGAUUACGUGACUUGCAUUCAAUUCAAUCCGGUUGAUGAUAGAUACUUCAUCAGCGGGUCGUUAGAUGCAAAAGUUCGAGUAUGGAGCAUUCCGGAUCGGCAAGUAGUAGACUGGUAUGAUCUUCAUGAGAUGGUCACUUCUGCUUGCUACACUCCAGACGGCCAGGGCGCAUUGGUUGGUUCAUACAAAGGUAGCUGUCGUCUUUACAGUGCAUCAGAUAACAAGCUGCAACAGAAAAGCCAGAUAAAUUUACAAAACAAGAAGAAGAAAGCUCAUCAGAAAAAGAUAACUGGUUUCCAGUUUGUGCCUGGAAGCUCAUCUGAAGUGCUUGUCACAUCAUCCGACUCUCGGAUCCGCGUUGUUGAUGGGACUGAUCUAGUCACCAAAUUCAAAGGGUUUCGAAACACGAGCAGCCAGAUCUCUGCCUCAAUCACAGCAGAUGGGAAGUACGUAGUGUCAGCGAGCGAGGAUUCAAACGUGUACAUAUGGAAGUACGAAUCCCCUGCUUCUCGACCAAGCAAGAGCAACAACAACAAGAACAACGUCACAGUUACAAACUCGUACGAGCAUUUCCACAGCCAAGACGUCUCUGCAGCCAUCUCAUGGCCCGGGAUGGCGGCCUCAACAGCAGAGCCUUGGGGAACAACAACAAGAAACACCAACAACAACUUAGACGAAGUCUCCACAGCUAACCAUCCACCCACACCUGUAGACCAGCCAGGGACUAGUACUCUGGACCGACUCAACAGUCCAAGAAACGGGAUCAUUUCGAGCGCGACGAACGGUUACUUCUUCGAUAGAAUGUCAGCGACUUGGCCUGAGGAGAAACUGAUGUUUGGGAGGAACAGAAGUGGGAACCGUCUGAGUACGGAUUUGUCUAAUAACUCGGGGAACGUGUCGGCUUCUUGGGGGAUGGUGAUAGUCACUGCUGGUCUGAGAGGAGAGAUUAGAGCGUUUCAGAACUUUGGUUUGCCCAUAAGGAUUUGAUAUUAUUAAACAAAACAAAAAGUGUACAGAGUGGUAAAGAAAAAAAAAUCGAGUGAGGUUUGUAAUA